UUUAAGAUCAAUAUAAAAAGUGUUUUAUUACUAAAAGUUAAACGAGCAAUGAUAUAAACUGCAUUAUCAAUAAAUAACAUUGAAGAAUUCGGGAUCAGAAUAUAUAUAUAAACAAACCCAAAAAAUUGUAAAAAAAUACAAACUUGCGCCUGUUAAUGGAUCGAUAUUCGGAAUAGAAAAGUGAAAGAACAAGCAACUACCCCUAUUUUACCUGGAUAUUUUCUCCAAAGCAGCAGUCGGGCUGGAUACUUGAGCAAAUUAAGAAGAUAGCAAAUUUUUUUGAAAGUUAUUUGUGCUUUAUUGUGUAAAGGCAAAAAUGUCUUAUCGUUUAAGAGCAACGAAAUGUCCUACAGACGAAUUGUCGGUAACGAACAAGGCCAUCGUGAAUAUCAACGAUUUUCCAGAAGAUGUCAAGUAUGCCGACAUAUCGCCUGGACCAGGCCAACAUUAUAUAUUUUCACUUCUACAUACCAAUGAGGUGGCACGGGGUCAUGUUGGUUUUUCGUUAGUGCAACGAAAGUGGGCUACACUUUCCAUAAAUCAGGAUAUUGAUGUGCGACCAUAUCGUUUUGAUGCCAAUUCCGAUGUAAUAACACUUGUCUCAUUCGAAACGGACUUUUUGCAGAAGAAAAUCACUUCUCAGGAGCCAUACGACUCUGACCAAAUGGCAAAAGAAUUCUUAAUGCAAUUUGCCGGAAUGCCCUUGACAGUUGGACAGACCUUGGUUUUCGAUUUUCAAGGCAAAAAGCUUUUAGGGCUUGCUGUUAAGACAUUGGAAGCUGUGGAUCCCAAGUCCCUAGGCGAGGGCAAGGAGACUUCUACUAAAAAUGUACGCUUUGGGCGUAUACUGGGCAAUACAAUUGUACAAUUUGAGAAAGCCGAAAAUUCUUCGUUAAACUUGCAGGGCAAGUCUAAAGGAAAAAUUGUACGCCAAUCGAUUAUCAACCCAGAUUGGGAUUUCGGCAAGAUGGGCAUUGGUGGUCUGGAUAAGGAAUUCAAUGCUAUUUUCCGUCGUGCUUUCGCAUCACGUGUCUUUCCACCUGAACUUGUUGAACAAUUGGGUUGUAAGCACGUCAAAGGUAUAUUGUUAUAUGGACCACCUGGUACCGGUAAGACCUUGAUGGCACGUCAAAUUGGCACUAUGUUAAACGCACGUGAGCCAAAAAUUGUUAAUGGCCCACAGAUAUUGGACAAGUACGUUGGUGAAUCGGAAGCAAAUAUAAGACGACUCUUUGCCGAGGCUGAGGAGGAAGAAAAGAGGCUUGGUCCCAACAGCGGCCUGCAUAUCAUAAUUUUCGACGAAAUCGAUGCUAUUUGUAAGGCGCGUGGUUCGGUAGCUGGCAACAGUGGUGUGCACGACACUGUGGUCAAUCAAUUGUUGGCCAAAAUCGAUGGUGUCGAGCAGUUGAACAACAUAUUGGUUAUUGGUAUGACAAAUCGACGUGAUAUGAUUGAUGAGGCUUUGUUGCGACCCGGACGCUUGGAAGUGCAAAUGGAGAUUAGUUUGCCGAAUGAAGAAGGUCGUGUGCAGAUUUUGAAUAUACACACCAAGCGUAUGCGUGAAUUCAAUAAAAUUGCUGGCGAUGUGGACAGUAGGGAGAUUGCUACUUUGACGAAGAACUUUAGUGGCGCCGAGUUGGAGGGUUUAGUGCGUGCAGCACAAUCCACCGCAAUGAAUCGUUUAAUCAAAGCCGAUGCCAAGGUACAUGUUGAUCCACAAGCUAUGGAGAAGCUUAAGGUGACACGUUCCGACUUUAUGCACGCACUGGAAAACGAUAUAAAACCGGCCUUUGGCACAGCGCAGGAAAUACUCGAUAAUAUGCUAUCACGCGGCAUAAUCAACUGGGGUCAGCCUGUGGCUAGUGUACUAGAGGACGGCAUGCUGUAUGUGCAACAGGCAAAGGCAACAGAAAGCUCCGGUUUGGUAUCUGUGCUCAUUGAGGGCGCGCCCAAUUCAGGCAAAACUGCAUUGGCUGCUAAGUUAGCUAAAAUGUCUGAUUUUCCAUUUGUUAAAGUAUGCUCACCCGAAGAUAUGGUCGGCUAUACUGAAUCGGCCAAGUGCUUGCACAUACGCAAGAUAUUUGAUGAUGCUUAUCGCUCUACUUUGAGCUGCAUUGUAGUGGACAAUGUUGAGCGUUUAUUGGAUUAUGGUUCGAUUGGACCACGCUAUUCUAAUUUAACUUUACAAGCAUUGUUGGUCUUGUUAAAGAAACAGCCGCCGAAGGGACGCAAAUUGCUUAUUUUGGUCACGUCAAGCAGACGCGCUGUUUUGGAAGAAAUGGAAAUGUUGACAGCUUUUACUUCCUGUUUACACGUACCCAAUCUAUCCAGCCCCGAACAUGUCUUGGCUGUGCUUGAACAUGCCGAGAUAUUUAGUAAGGGCGAAUUGCAGGCGAUUGGCAAGAAGAUGGCGGGCAAAAAAGUAUUCAUUGGCAUCAAGACCUUGUUGGGGCUAAUUGACAUGACACGACAGACGGAGCCGCAGCAUAGAGCUAUUAAAUUCCUCUCAAAAAUGGAGGAAGAAAAUUUCUUAGGAAUGAGUUGUAAGGAUCAGUAACUAUUACGUAAAGAAUUCAACAUGUCGAUAGUGGAGCUUAAGGAUGUCUUUUGAGUGCAUACAUAUACGCAUAUAAUAUGUUAACACAACAGCAACAUUUAUGUUAAAAAUAUAAAUUAUAUAAAUUAACAGAAAGAAAAUAUGUUAAACUGAAAAAUACGUUAAAUACAAAUAACAAUUUAUCAUCACUAAAAUAUAUAUAAAAAAAUAAUACAAAAUAUACGCUAUCAGUUGACAAGUAAAAAUACAUACAUACACACAUACAAGAAUGGCGUAAAUCUGGUGCAUUAAACUUGCUAAAUAAAUACAAGCAAUAUUAUCAAGAUUCCAACAAAAAAUUGUUAACAACGAUGGUAGAAGAGACGGUUAUAGAGUGUAUGAUUUUUGCGAUAAUAAUAAAAGCGUUUUUAGAGCGUUGCAAACAACAAUUACAUAUAGUAUUGAUUUGUAGGACGACAAAUUGAACAUAUACAAAGUAUAGAAGAGUUUAGGAGCUUAAUAAAUAAAACAAGGAACAGUGCGUGGUGAUAUGUGAUUGAUUUUUGAUAGUUGAUAAAACGUAAGCGAAUAUAGCUAAGGAAAAUAUAUACAUUCAACGACAUCUAAACUAUUGAGACUACUAACUGUAUUAACCGAUACAUUUCCGAACUUCAACUUCAAGCUACCAUCCACCGUUAAUUUCACUAGGAGCAAACCGUCCCGCACUAGCUCCACGCUCUCCAGCUAAACUAACUUUUGCUGUUUUCCAGUUUAUAUAAUGUAUUUCAAUUUUUAGAUAUUUACUAAAAAAAAAAAAGUAUCGACAUUCCAAAAGAAAAACUUUUAAGUUAAAGUUUAAGUCAAUUUGAAAUGUAGGAAUAAUAUUUUAACUAAAACUUUAAUAUUUUGUGUGCAAUUAAAUAUAAAUAGAAAAAUGUUUGCUCAGGAAUAUAUAGAAAAUUAUCGUUGGAAAUGAAAUUCCUUAAUAAGAGUGUUUCGACAUUUUUUGCGUUUUUUAUUCAUGUUUUUUUUUUGUUUGUUUCAAAAACCAUCAAACAACAACAAAAACACUAUUACUCGAAAGUAAUUUAUGUGUGUUAAGGCGUGGAAAAGCUUGCUUAUUUAUGUUAGUAAAAGACAAGCCAAAAUAUAUUUACUUAAUUGCAUUUUUACUAAAAAAGAAAACAUAUUUUUUUCAAAAAUUAUAAAUGUCUAAUUAUGGUGUAAGCACCGAAGAAACUUAGCCUCAAUUAAUAGUAUUAAGAUGAGUAAAUAAUGAAAUGAAGUGAAAUUUCUUUCAAUAUCAGUUUGUAAAUAUUAUAUGUUAUAUAACUUGGCAGUAAAAUUGCUUAAUGAUUAAUGCAAAGAAGAGAGUUGAAAAUUAGUUUUCAAUUUCAUGUUUAUUUUUUUUUUUUUUGAAACGUAGUAAAUCGAUUAUUAUAGUAUUUUUUUUUUGUUACGAGCCAAUUACAUGAAGUUACAUUUUCCAAGUAUUUUAAGCAAUUGCAUUCGAAAUGAGUAGAGUUAUAUUUCUAAUAUUUUAUUUUAUUUUAUUUUAUUUUUUUUUGAGUAUAAACCUCUGAGCAGAAAGUAUUGUUAAAGUGAAAGAUAACUAUGAGUAAUGCUGUUGACUUCCUUAUAAAUCAUGUUAAAAUGUUGCUUUACUUCAGUACAUAUAUGUAUGUAAUUAAAAUUUAAAUA